AUGAUGCUAUUGAUAUUCUAGUUAAAGUAAAGAAUUUAUAUAUUAAAAAGCAUAAAAAUUGUGAAAUCAUCUUGUGAUGUUUUCAAAGUAUUAACUACUCCUGAGAAUGAAUCAAGAUAAAUCUUUUAAGAUCUUUGGGAUGAAACAAAUAAAGAUUAUUCUUGGGGAGUAUGGACAAAAUAUUUGGCAAAAUAUGAACCAAUAGAGGAUUUAGAAUUAAAAAUAAAGGAAAUGCAUGUCUAAUAGAAAUAAUAAAUAAUAAUAAAUAAUAAUAAAUAAUAAUAAAUAAUAAUAAAUAAUAAUAAAUAAUUGUUAAUUAUACUUUCAGAAAGUUUUGAGAAGAAUAAUUAUUUAGUUUAUUAUAUAGUAUUAGAUAAAGAAGAAUUACAGAUAUAUCAUAAACUAUUCAUAAAUUAGAACAAUAAUGUAGAGAUAAGAGAAUUGAAAGUUGCUUAAGAGUUAGUAAAAGAUAAUUGGGUUUUUUUCUAUUUUUGUUAUUCAUAACCAUCUUAGGUCUAUAAUAUAUUCCUUUAUAUCAAUUCAGAUCGAAUAAAUGUUCAAAUGGUAUAGGGAGGACCUUUUUAGAGUUAAAAUAACGGAUUAAAAAUUUAUUAAUUGGGUGGAAUAAAAUAAUUUUCAUAUUAGAUUACUUUAAAAUAAGAAAUGAGGAUUAAUUUGAGUCAAUUUUCAGGUGAAAUAACAGAUAAGGAUUUAAGAAUUGGAAUUAUUAAUUUUUAUAAAGAUAUUUCUACAUUCUUAUAAUAUAUUGAAGAUCCUAGUUGUAAAUAAUUAUUAUGUACAAAUACAAUGAUAGAAGAAAUGAUAACAAUGAAACAAUUCUUAGGAGAAACACUCAAAUAUUAAGUAUCAUAUAAAGAUUAAAAAUUUAUGAUUUAUGGUUGGGUUAAAUUACAUGAAUUAGAAAAUGUAUAAUAAUAAUAUAUAUUAUUUAUUAGUUAUCAACAGUUUAAUCAGUUUUAAUGAGAGUUAGUUUAAGAAAGACAUAUUUUAAUGAUUUAUAUUAAGGUGAUAAAGCGUUUUAUUGGGAGUAUUUAUAAAGCAAUUAAAAUAAUGAAUAAAAUGGUAUUACUAUUACAACUUAUCAUAAUGAUCCAUUUAAACCUUUAUCAUCUUAUUAAACUUUUGAUACUGAUUCAUGGAUAGUAAAAGGAUCUUAUUAUUAAUAAGCUAUAACAUUUUGGCAUUGGUUUGUCUAUUAAGAAGGAAUUAAUUAAAUUAAUAAUAUUAAAUUAUUAAUUUAUUUUGGUUCUAAUCAAUAAACUUAAACUUUUACAAUGAUGUAAAAUCAUUUUGAGAAAUCCUCAUUAUAUUUUACAAUUGGUGGAGAUAAAUUUAAUAAAAAUUUUAGAGGAGAUAUAUAAAAUUUAACAAUUUAAUAUUGUUACACUUUAGAUACACCUAAAAUUAAAAGUUAAAAUAUUAAUAUUAUUAUUAGUAUGUCAUUAUAGUUGUAAAAGUUGUUAUGGACCUGAAGAAAAUUAAUGUAUUCUAUGUGAUCAAUCAUAAAGGACUUUUAAUAAAGGAGCAUGUAAAUGUAAACCAGGAUAUAUUGAUAAUAAAGAUAAAGGAUGUUAAUGUAUAUAUUAUAAUAAAUAUAGCUAUAUCAUAAUUAAUUACAAUUGAAAUCUAAGAAGCAAAUCUAUUAGAUAAUACACAUUGUAAAUUAGGACAAUUUUCAGUCCAAUUUUAUGGUAAAUUUUAUUGUUUAGCAUGUCCUGGAUAAUAUACAACUUUGAGUUUAAAUUGUAUUGAAUGUAUAUCUAAUCCAAUCCAUUGGUAUUUAAAUCCUAUUUGUAAAAGUGAUUACUUUUAACCAUUAUAAGAUUAAAGUGAUUAUGUGUUUUUAGAAACAUAACGUAAUCAAAUUUAUUAUUAAUACUAUUUAAUUAAUUAAUUAGAUAUUACUUAAAACCCUAUUAUUGAAAUUUGUUAAGGAUGUCUUGGAUUAAUUACUAUUGAUUUUAAUUUUAUCGAAAACUAUUAAUUAAAUAUUCUAUCUAGAUUUGCAUGUAAAACAUGUUAUACUGUAAUUAAUGGCGAAUGUAUUAAUAUUAAUUAACAUUGCUUAAAUUGUGAUUCCUAUUUUUUAUGCUCAAAUUGUUUUUAGAAUUAUACAUUGUUUGAUGGUCAUUGUUAUUAAUGUCCUUAUUAUUGUCCUAAUUGUAAAUUUAAUCAAACAGGAACUUAUUGUUAAAAUUGUAUUUCUGGCUAUUAUUAUAAUUCUACUUAAGAAUAAUGUAUUUAAUGCGGCCAGUUUUGUUCUAUUUGUAUCUAUAAUUAAAAUUUACCUUUUUUAUAAUGUAUAAAGUGUAUUGAUGAAAAAUAAUAUUUUAUUUCGGCAGAUAGAUAAAUGUGUAGAAAAAAAAAUUUAGAUCAUUGUGUUAUUUAAGGAGAAGAAUAUGUUUGGGAUGGAUUCAGCAAUUUUUCAGAUAAAAGCUUGAAUUAUUAUUAUGCAUCAACAAUUGAUAUUUAAGCUAUUUUCACAAGCUAAGAAACAUUUUAAGUUUGUAUAUUGUGUGAAGAUCAAUAUGUUAAUAAAUUAGCAUUAUUUUCUUCAAAUGAAUGUGUUCAUGCAAGUGAUACAAGCAAACUACCUGAUUUAAAAGAUGAAUUAAAAAACUUAGUAUUAGCUUCUGAAAAUUAUUCAUAUCAACUUUCUUUUUCAAAUUGGGCUGGUUAAGCAACUAAUUAUACAGUAAUUUAUGGAAAACCUACAACAUUAUUGAUUAAUAAUUAUUCUAAUAGAUCUUCUUAAAUUUAUUAUAAUUUCAGUAGUGUUGUACUAUCAGUAAAUUUUAAAUAUGAAGAUCCUUUACUUUAAUGUACAGAUCCACAUUGUAUAGAUUGUAUAAAAAAUUAUGUUUUAUCUUAAGAGUUUUGUAUAAAAUGUCAAAAUGGAUAUUAUGCAAGUGCUUUCACAGGAUUAUGUUAUUAAUGUAAAGAAAAUUGUAAAGAAUGUUUAGAAUAACAUUCAAUUUAUUAAGAUGCAUGGAAAUGGUAAAUAAUACCAUAUUAUCAAUUUAGAAGUAAUAUAUUUUAUGGUUUUCAUAAUUAUAAUUUAUAUUGUAUUUCUACUGAUAAUGAAUUAUAUGAAUAAAUUUGUACAAAGUGUAAAGGUAAAGAUGCAUUACAUAAUGGUAAAUGUUAUAAAGAUUGUAAUUGCGAGGAAUGUAUAUUUUAAGAGGGUUAGAAUAAAUGUUUGAGAUGCAAGAGUUCUUAAACUUAUAUUAAUGGUGAAUGUAUUUAAUGUCCUAACUAUUGUGAUGUAUGUAAAUAAUUAACAAAUUAAGAAAUUUAUUCUAUUAAUCCAUACUUUAAUCCUAAUGAUAUAAAAUUAUAUAGAUUUGCUAAAUAAUGUUUGAAAUAAUCUAAUACUAUUCCUAAUAAUUAUGGAUAUAUAUCAUGAUGCUAGUUUAGGUUUGGAAGUUUACUGUUUAAAUAAUUAAAAUCUACCAUGUUAUAAAUAUGCACAAAAAACAUUAAAUGUAUAUUGUAAUCAAGAUGUUUAUUUUUAAGAUUAUUCUUUACUUACAGAUGAAAAUUAGAAAUUUUUAUUUUUAGAUUAAAAUAUCCCUUUAAACGAAGUUUUUUCAUUAGAAUCUUCAUCUCAUUUCUCUAAUUAAGAAAAUGAUGUCUUAUUUGAUUUAUUUAAUGAGAAGAGUGUUAAAUUAAUGAGAUACAUUCUUAAAAUUAAACAAAACUCUGGUCAAUGUCAAAUUUAAGAUAAUACAUUUGUUUAUUCAACAUUAAGAAAGAAUAUCUUUAUGCUUUAAUCCUUAGAAUUAAUAUUUCAAUCUAAUUUAGAUAUUCCAAUAUAUUUUGGAAACAAUAUUACAUUUUAACAAUUCACUUCUAUCACUUUUUAAAAUAUUCUUUUUGAUUCUCUCUCAGGACCAAUACAGAUUUUCUGUUUAAAUUUAUAAGAUAUUAAAUUUAAUUUACAACAUUUUCAUGUAGUAAAUGGAAAUAAUCUAUAAUUACAAUUUAUAAUUCAAAACCCAAGUUAAAUUGAUCUUUAAUAAGUAACUUUGAAAAAUACAUAAUUUGUGAAUAUUUAUGGAUUUAUUUGUUAUUAUUUUACUUAACCAAAAUUAAUAAAAUAAUUAGUUAUUUCAAUCAAUGACUUUAUUAUUUAGGACUCCUAAUUAUUAAAUACAUAUCUUAUUAUUUAAAUUCUUAAUACUAAUUAUGGGAAUUAAUAAUUAAAAAUUAAUGGUUUAUAAUCAUUAAAUAAUUAUUAUACUAAAUCUUCGUUAAUAUAUACAAGUUUUUUAAAUUAAAUUAGAUAGUCUGAAAUAAUCAUUGAAAAUUUCUUGUCAGAUACUGAUUAAUUAAUUUAAUCAAGUUUUCUAGAAUUGAAUGGUGCUUUAAAUGUAUUAAUGAAAAAAAUAACAAUUUAAAAUGGAAAAUAUAAGAAAGAAGUAAAUUUAUUUAAAUUACCUUUAUUCUAGAUUUAUAAUUUGAAUAUCAUUAAUAAUAAUUUUAUGAAUGUUGAUAAUCGUGUUCUUACAAAUAUUUUGGAUUCUUUAUAUGCUGAUAAUAUAUUAGAAAAUAGAUUAAUAUUGAAUUCUAUAUAUUUCAUAAAUAACUCUUAUGUAGGAAAUAAUGUCUUUUUAGAAUUAAUAAGUAGUAAUAAUUUUGUAAAUUUGAACAUCGAAAUUGAUGAUUUGAUUUUAGAAUCAAAUUAAUUUAAAGUUUAACCUAUUAAUAAAAGUAAGGAAUCAAUAGUAGCAUCUAAUGCUUCAAUAUAUUUUGAUACUUAAAAAUUAACUUUAAAAAAUACAAAGAUUAUUCGUUCCUUUAAUUUACCUGAAAUAUCAAUAAAUAAUGCAGAUUUAGUUGAAGUAUCAUCUUUUAAUGUAUCUUUAAAUCAAAAAUAUUAAUUUAAAUCUAUCCAUUCUUAAAUAUCUUGCUUUGAUACAAAUAAAGAAAUUGGAUAUGGAAGCAUUAUUUUAUUCUAUAAUAUAAAAAAACUAAUAAUUGCGAAAGUACUAUUUAAAAAUUUAAUUUCAAUAAAUACUCCAUUAUUAUUGAUAAAAUCUUUAGAAAGAACAAAUUUUAGGGUAUAAGAAUCUAUUAUUAUUAUUGAUCAUAUCUAUAUUAAUAAUCGUUUAAUAAUAACAAAAUAAUCUUAAGAAGUAGCAAUUUUAAGUUUUAUUUCUGAAUAAGAGUAAAUUAUUAGUUUAGAUGAAAUAAAUGGUAAUAAUAAUAUAUUGCAUUGUUUUUAGGAAGAUUAGAAAUUUAGUUAAUCAUCAACAAUUUUAGUAUUGAAUCCAUAUUCAUAUACAACUUUACAAAAUUCAGUUUUUUAUAAUAAUAUUGUCACAGCUAGUCUAGGUUCAAAUCUUAUUAUUUUUAGUAAAUCAUUAAUAUUAUAAAAUACAUAAUUUUAUGAUUAGAAUAUUCUAAAUUAUGAUAGUUUGAAAUAUAAAUUGAUUUGGGGUUAUUCAGAAGAUGAAUAAAUAUUCUUAGAACAUUUAGAGAAUGAAUUUGCUAUAAAAUCAAAAGGAGGAAAUGGAUUUUUAUCAGCUGAAGAAAUAUAUAUAAUGAAUAUUACUACAAAUAAUUCUAUGGCAUCAUAAGGUGGUUCAUUUUAUAUAUCUACUGUCUCAGAUGGAAUCGUUUAAAUUAAUAAUUCGAAAUUUGCUUAUAGUCAGUCUAAUUUAUUAUUUUAUGAUAAAUCAUAAGGUGGAACAUUAUUUAUAGAUGCAUCUUAAUCAAUGUUACAGUUCUAAUUAUAUAAUUGUACUAUUUUUAGAAGUUCAAGUAGAAAAGAAGGAGGAGUAUUUUUUAUUGAACCUUCUAGAACUUAAAAUUUAAUCAUUUUAGAAUCUAAUAUUGUACAAGAAAUCUAUUCUCUCUAUUAUCCUUUUUUAAAACUACCUAUUCAAUUCACUAGUAAGACAUUAAUACUUAACAUUGAUAUUAUAUAAACUUAUGUGAAUAAUUCAUAUGAUGGAUACUUUUUAUUUUAUGGAAAAGUACGUUAAUUAACUAAAAGUGAAAUCUCAAAUGCAUUCCAAAAUUCUUUAAUUUCAAUAGAUGGUGGCAAUAUUGUUUUAGAGGAUGUUUAAUUUACUAAUAUCUUUUAAUUUGGUAUAAUGAAUAUUAAGAAUGCAAAUCAAGUUUAUAUGACUAAUGUUUCUAUUUCAUUUAUAACAUUAAUAAAUGAUAAUUUAAUACUAAUUAAUUCAAAUACAAGUAAAUAUUAAAUAAUAUAUUAGAAUAUCAAACAUCCAUCAAAUUUAUAAAUGUAGAAUUAGAAUUAAUUAGUGAAUUUUCAAAAGUUUUAACAUAUCCAAAAAUUUCAAUAUUAUUAUUAUAAGAGAGAAUUAAUAGAUGUUUAUUAAAUUCAUAAACUCCUUAAGUAAUUAAAGAAUUUUAUGAUUCAAAACAAUUAGAACUAUUUUCAAAUAACAAUUUCUAUAAUAUUAUAAUAUAAUAUUAAAAGCCUACAUUUAUAAUUGGGAUUGAUUCAGUAUCAAAUAAUCAUAAAUUAUUUUUUAAUUAAUUAAAGUUACAUUCAAUUAAUUGUUAAAGUUGUCAUGAAGGAAUAUUUACAAUAACCAAUAUAGAUGUAGGAAGUUAAAAAAACAAUUUAAUUUAAUUAAAAUAAUUUAAUAUAUUUAAUAAUCAAUGUGGAUAAUUAGGUUGUAUAUUUGUAAGUAAUAAAGAUAAAAGAUCACUAAAAUUAUUUUCAUCAGAAAUAAAAAAUAGAUACUUAGCAGAAACAACAUAAUUAAGUGAACUAACAAUUUUUCCAAUAAAAAUAGAAGACAGCAGAUUUUAUGAAAAUGAAGCAUCAUAUGGAGGAGGUUUAAUUAUAUCAGGUGUUAGUACAUUAAUUAAUAAUUGUUAAUUUACAAACAAUUCUGCUAACAUUUCAGGAGGAAGUAUUUAUUUUGAUUACAAAGAAAACACAGAGAUUUUGAUUGUUAAUUCUAUAUUUGCAAAUAAUAAUGCAAAAAUUGGUGGAGCUAUCUUUUUAGGAAAUUAUUCUAUAAAUUCACCUAAAAUAUUAAACAAUUCAUUUUUCAAUAACAAAGCAUUAAUUUUUGGUUAAAAUUAAGCAGAUUAACCGAUAAAAUUAUUAUUGUAAAUUGGUGAUAAAAUUUUAGAGACUGUUAAUGUAAUAUCAGAUAUGAAUAAUAUAACAGAUAAAAUAAAAAUAGAUUAAUAUAAAUUAGGAAAUAUUAGUUAUAAUUAUAUAAUGAUUCCAAGUGGAUAAUCAAUAGGAUAUUAUUAGAUAUUUGAUGAAGAUAAAUAAUAAUAUGUUUCUUAUAAUUAUAGUUUUAGAAUAAUUCCAUUGAAUAAUGAGAAUGGUUAAGUUAAGAGUUUAGAUGGUAGCAAAUGCACUAUAUAUGGUAGAAAAGUAUUGAAUAAAGAAAUAGGACAAUUUGAUUAAAAUUUAACUAGUUUUACAGAGAUUAAUUUUAACACAAGCACUUAAGAUUAUAAUUUAGAUUAGUUAAUAAUAAAAUUUGAUCCUGAUUUAAAUUAAUUUGGUUAUAUUUAAAUAGAGAUAAUUUGUAAUUCUAUAAAGAUACCUUAAUUUUCUACAAAACCUCCUUAUUUAUUAUAAAAUUACUUUACAAAUUAUAGAUUAUGGAUAGAUUUUUAAACAUUUAAUUGUUAAAGAGGUGAAUAUAAGACAGAUAAUGGUGAAUGUAAAUUAUGUGAGUCUUCAAAAGAUUAAUAUACUGUAAUAGCUGGUCAAAGAUGUAAAAUAAAAGAUUAAAUUAAAAUGGAAAAAGUAAGUCCGGCUAGAAUAAUGUUAAGACCAGAGUAUUGGAGACCAUCAGAAAAUAAUGAGAAUAUUGAAUAUUGUUUAAAUGUACCUAAAAAUUGUGUAGGAGGUUGGAAUCCUGGAAAUGAUCUGUGUGAUUAUGCACAUAUUGGAGCACUUUGUGAAUAGUGUGAUAUUUAUAAUGUAAGAGGUUAAGGUUUCUUUUCAAUUACUUCUUCAUAUAAAUGUGGAAAUUGUUAAGAAGUUGGAGAUAAUAGUAUUAAGAUUUCAUUAAUUAGUCUUUGGACUAUGAUUUCAAUAUUUUUAUCUGUAAGAGGUACAAUAUAAGGAGUUGAAAAAAUAGUUGCUUAAUAUAAAAUGUCUAAAUUAAAAUUAAAAUAAUUUGAUUAAAAAGCCGGAUAUGGUGGAAUAUUAGUUAAAGUUCUUACAAAUUAUUUCUAAAUUAUAGCGGCAGUCUCUCUAUUUUAAUUAGAAUUAUCUAGUGCUUUAUAAUCAUCAAUAAGAUCAGUUGGAAAUCCUGUAGAAGCCAUGAGUUAUUCUUUAGAUUGUUUUUUAAUUAGAAUUACUGAUAUAAAUAUUAUCUAUUUUAGAAUGAUAUGGGCUUUGAUAAUGCCUCUAUUAUAUAUUUUGGCUUUUGCUUUGAUAUACAUUAUAGCUGUGAUAUUGAAUAUAACAUAAUCAAAUAAAAGUGCAAUUACAACAACUGCUAUAUAUUUAUUUACUUAUUUAUAGCCGACCCUAUUAGGUGGAUUCAUUUCAUUAUUAUCUUUUCGUCGUAUAUCUGAUAUUUAUUGGAUUCAAGGUAAUGUAGCAUAUAGAUAUUUAACAUAAUAGCAUUUUUAAUGGAUUACUGCUUUUGUUCUUCCAUCUACUUUAAUUCUAGCAUUUAUUAUUCCUAUUUAUAUGCUACUAAGCUUAUAUUACUAAAGAUAUAAAUUAGAAGAAGAAAAGACCAGAAAAAAUUGGGGUUAUCUAUACAAUGAAUAUCAACAUAAAGCAUAUUUCUGGGAAAUUAUCAAAAUUUUCUAAAAAGGAUUUAUGAUUAUGUUUUUAACCUUGUAUGAAGAUUAAAUUAUUAUUAAAGCAGCAUUAAUUUUUAUUAUUGUUUUUAUUUAUUAGAUAUUAACUAAAAAAUAUAGACCUUAUAAAUCACCAUAUUUAAAUUUUUUAGAUGAAAUUUCUACUAUUAUUUGUGGGACUUCUAUAGUUAUGGGAAUGACCAUCUAUUAAGCUAAUAAAUCAGAUAAUUAAGAAAUUAUAUGGCCAUUUUAUAUACUCUUAAUUUUAAUCAAUGCUAUCUUUAUUAUUAUUAUUCUCUGGGAAAUCUUAUGGGCUCAAAUUUAAGAUAAUUAAGAUAAACUAGAUAAUAAAAUCAGAAAUAAAAUUAAUAAUUAAUUUCCAAAUUUAAAAAAUAAAAAUGUUCUAUUCUAUAGACUAUUAACAAAUAGAAGAGAAUAAUAAUAAAGGAUUUAAUUAAGAUACUUGAAAAUAAAGGAAUAUUUGAUGAAUAUUGUUCGCAAAAAUCCUGGAAUUUAUUAACAACCAAUUUUUGUAUCUAUGAAUAAGUAAAUUAAGAACAUUCAAUUCUCUGAACUCAUUUUCUAACAUGCUCAUUUACCAGCUUAAAAUAAAGAUAUUUAAAAUUAACAUGAUUAUCCAAGGACAUCUAAAAAGAUAUAUCCAAUAAUGAAUUAAGAAAAUAAUAGUGAUUUUUAAGAGUCUGAUUCAGAUAAUAUAAAAUAUGAUGAAAACUGA